UGAAAAUCUUAUCCCCCGAAGCCGCUAAAUGCAUCUAGCCACCACCAAUCUGGGCUGCACGUUCUUUCGGGGGUUUAGUAACCCGGGUGCGGGUGCAACCUAACCGAUGUGCCGGCGCACGGUCCCCAGACCGAGUCACGGGGACGAGUCAGUCCCCCUUCCUCGCCACUCGUCGUCAAUCGUCAACUCAUCUUUCCCGAACCCCCACACCCACCCGCUCACCGGACCGCCGACCGCCACAAAAUGCAACCUUUAACUAGGGCAUCUCCCAUCGAACGCUAGGGUUAACUAAAGUUCCCUCCCCUUUCCUCCUUGCUCGCCAGAGAGAGAAAGAGAUGGACGACACCCAGGACGACGCGAGGUAUCCCCCCAAUCAUCCCUACCCUUCGAUUCGCCGCCGCCCGUUCUCCUCCUCCUCCUCCUCCCAUCAAUCCAAGAUCUCCGCUGCCCAGAACCCCUCCUUCCCCCGGCCGAUCGGCCGUCGCUAUGCGGACGAGGACGACGAAGACGAGCACGAUGAGAUAGAUGAAGCCGUGGACGAAGACGAUGACGAUGAGGAGGAGGAAGACGACGGCGGAAGAUAUCGCCAGAUCCGGGACGACGACGACGACGACGACGAUGAGGAUUCGUCGGAGAGCCGCGGGAAGCGGAGGAGGCUGGACAGGUUCGCCCUAGGGUUCGAAUUCGCCCCCCGCGUGCCCCGGCCGGCUGCUGCGCCGCCGGCGGGCAAGAUUCCCGCGAAAAGCUCCCCCGCCGAUUGGUCGGAGGAGUCGACCUUGGUGCUCCUCGACGCCUGGGGCGAUCGCUACGUCCAGAACGGCCGGAAGAGCCUCCGGUCCGAUGAGUGGAUCGAGGUCGCCAAGAAGGUCUCGCAGUCCUCUAGGACCAGCCGAUCCGACGCCCAGUGCCGGAACCGGCUCGAUACCCUUAAGAAGAAGUACAAGAAAGAGAAGGUGAGGCUGUCGGAGCACGCGAGUGCCAGCAGCAAGUGGGUUUAUUUCAAGAAAAUGGAUGAAUUGAUGUCAUCGCCGUCACCGCCGGCGGCGGGGACUCGGCAGCAGCAACCUCCGAAACUGCCGUGCGGGGUUGAUGCGGGGGAGUACGUCUUUGCGAGCUCCAGUGUGUACCUGAACCGCUCGAACGGCAAUGAUGAGAUGAGGGACAGCCCAGGGGAUACGGGAUCGGAGGAUGCUGUGGACGAGGAAAAUGAUGAUGAAUCUGAUGGGCUUCCGCCGACGAGGGAGAAGGUUUCAAUGAGGAGCUCGGAUUCUUCGUUCAGAAUGCUGGCUGAUUCCAUUCACAAGUUUGGGGAGAUAUAUGAGAAGAUGGAGAACAGCAAGCGGCAGCAGAUGGCGGAGCUGGAGAGGAUGAGGAAGGAAUUCCAGAGGGAUUUGGAGGUGCAUAAGAGGCAGAUUUUGGAGAGGGCACAGGCAGAGAUUGCAAAAAUAAGGGAGGAAGAGGGGGAGGAGGAGGAAGACGAGAGGAGUGAAGAUGAUGAAGACGGGGAUGAUGAGAUCGAUGUUUCUGCCGAGAACUUGAGCGGGUGAGAUUCAUUGUUUGGCAGCACGAGUAUAGACUAGGUACCUGAAUGCUCUGUAUGAAAGUUGCAACAAGAACAGAAGAGGCUGAGGGUUUGCUUGCAAAUAAUAUUAUUGUAUGUCAGAGCAUUACGAAUGUAAUUUGGAUUUCUAAGUUUCUAUGUAUUUGGGGCUGACAAGGCUUUGUAAUUUUCACCACGCUCCGAAUAAACAGAUUUAAGGAUGAUUUUAUUGUCUGUCCAAGUUCUAAGAACAGAUGAUUUUCCAGGACAUGUUUGUGAACAUUUAAGGCUGCAUGGUUGUUCA